AGUGUGUUUGUUUCUGCCGCUCAGGAAGUAGUGAGUGAGUGAGACACAAGUUCCAGUAAACUGCUGCUAAAACCCUCAGAACACUCAAGAAGAUGGACAACGAUUCAAUCGACAGUUUGAUCCUGAAGCUGCACGAUGUGGACGCGGUGAAGUUUGGAGAGUACAAGCUAAAGACCGGAAUGAUGACUCCUAUUUACAUCGACCUGAGAGUGCUCGUGUCCCACCCAGCGCUCAUGAACCAGGUUUCAAGUCUCAUCUACCAGCGUGUGCAAGAAGAGGGGCUGCAGUUCGACAAUGUGUGUGGGGUUCCAUACACAGCUCUGCCUUUGGCCACAAUCAUCUGUUCAAGAAAUGAGCUACCUAUGCUUAUCAGAAGGAAGGAGGCCAAGGACUAUGGAACCAAGCGUCUGGUGGAGGGUUCAUUCCAAGAGGGGGAUACAUGUCUGAUCAUUGAAGACACAGUGACCAGUGGCACCAGCAUCCUGGAGACUGCUGAAGUGCUCUACGCAGGAGGACUGAAGGUGACAGAUGCUGUAGUCCUGAUGGACAGAGAGCAAGGUGGCGUAGCGAUGUUAGCUUCUCAGGGAAUCAAACUCCAUCCGAUCAUCUCCAUGUUUAAGCUGCUCAAUGUGCUGCUGGCAGCUGAACGCAUUGACGCCCAAACCGCCCAGAGUGUCCGCAAGUUCAUCUUGGACAAUAACACUUUCAGCUCCAAAAAGGAGAACGGCAAUGGAGUUUCAGCCACGAAGAAGCAACGUCUAGAGACAGAGCUGAGCUAUGGAGACAGAGCCAAACUACCAGAUGUUCACCCUUUAGCAUCAAAGCUUUUAAAGAUCAUGGAGGAGAAAGAGUCCAACCUGUGUGUGUCUGCCGAUGUGACAAGCAGCGAGGAGCUCCUUAAGCUGGCAGACUCUCUAGGCCCAAAAAUGUGCAUGCUGAAGACCCAUGUAGAUAUUUUAAAGGACUACACAGAGGCCUUCAACCAGAAACUGCAGGCUUUGGCUGAGAAACACAACUUCCUCAUAUUUGAGGAUCGAAAAUUUGCUGACAUUGGGAACACAGUGAAGCAUCAGUAUGAAGGUGGCUUGUACCAGAUCUCAUCUUGGUCCCACAUAGUCAAUGCUCAUGCGGUGCCGGGGCCGGGUGUCGUGAAGGGUCUCAGCGCUGUAGGGAAGCCUAUGGGCCGAGGUUGUUUGCUCAUAGGAGAGAUGAGCUCCCAGGGCUCUCUAGCUACUGGAGAGUACACAAAGGCCGUGCUGAAGAUGGCGGAGGAGCACACAGACUUUGUGAUCGGGUUUAUCUGUGGCUCCAAGAUCUCAAAGAGGCCGGAGUUCAUUCAUAUGACCCCUGGGGUGCAGAUACAGGCUGGAGGUGAUGUGUUGGGCCAGCAGUACACCACUCCAGAGGACGUCCUCUUCAACAAAGGCUCUGAUGUCAUCAUCGUUGGCCGAGGCAUCUUGGAGGCUCCUGAUAGGCUGAAGGCUGCUGAGUCAUACAGAAAGUCAGGCUGGGAGGCUUACACCAGAAGACUGAGCAAGACCGACCAAUAGGAGCGAGUUGUUUGUCACCUGGUUGAAUUUCAAAAUGUUUCUUUUACCUUACACUGAUGAGAAGCUCUGUGAAAAAAACUGGAUAUAUGCUUUAAUUUCAGGAGGAACCCCAGUGUGCACAUAGGAGUAUACGUAAACACAAACAGAGACAUUACAAUGCCACAUCUGUACGCACAAGUGUUACCACACAAACACACAAACAUUUACUGACGUUUGUACGUGGUAUCUGGAGACUGAGCCGAUAACAUGUAAAUAUGGGCUUCUGAUUCUAUCCUGUUAUAAAGCUGCUUUGAUAUAAUGACUCCUUCCUGUAUACCCAGCUGCUGUGGUGCUAUAACCAGGUUUUAAAAUUUUGGGGAAAAGGAUUCAGUAUUUCGGUUUUCUUCCUCACCAUGCCAAGUUUAACAUACAUAAUGAAUUAUAUAGAUAGUUUUAUUUUUGUUGAGUGUGACAUGGCUUAUAAACUUCAAAAGUCAUAAAUGGGUUUAAUGGUAUAAGCAGAAAUGGAUGGUACCUUCUACUUCCUGUGUAGAUGGAGCUUUGUUGAUUAAAGAACCAUUCCUAUGCAUGCUUUUGUAUCAUCUCUGGAACAUCAGACUGAGAUCUUUAUUACAAAGAAGAGGGUGUGACUGGUUUUGUUUACUUGUUGUGUUGUGGAUUUGAAUUCAGGCCAUUUCUUGUUUACAAAAUGAACUUUGGGUCAACAAAAGACUGAUGGCUUUUUCUUUGCUUGAUCGUUUGCAGCGACCUGAAGAGGAUGUUACGGUUUGAGGUUGAUUUUCAGCUGGAGAACUCUACAGUUGGUGUUAAAACCACUCAGAUAUUUUAGGUUGUUGCACAUUUAGUCAUGACUGUCCUCCUGUAGUCCAAUGUCUACCGUCCAUAUAGUUUCAUUCAAAAUAAUAAAUACUGUGUUGAGAAACAAUUCCAAAGGGAUAUACUCACUGAGUCAUGAUGUGGAAUAACUAGUGAUGUGAGCGAGCCAGCCUUUUCCACUUCAAUCACCUCACUUAUAAAAGACACAGUAUGAAUACCUUGUGUUUAGAUAGACAAUUAUAUUUGGUUUGUGACACCUCCUUGUAGGAACAGUCAGAAAUAAACACUGCAGCAUUACUGAAAGUAUUCUGUUUGGUGUUCUCUAACCGCAGACUUGUCUUUCUUUCCCUCCAUGUAUUUUCCAUUUUUGAGUAAUAAAAUAAAUGGGACAUGUA